CGGCAUGGUUAGACAUGCUGCAGUGCGAGAACAAAGGGAAAGAAGAACUAACGUCCAGUGACACGAGGGAAAGAAUUCCGCCUUUUUGUACCAUCAAGGGCCAUGUCCGACUCCGAAAACCAACCGGAGAAGCAGGUGGCGGUUGAGAAGAAAAUAAUAGCCACCAAAGUCAGCGGAAGUGUAAAAUGGUUUAACGUAAAAAGUGGAUAUGGCUUUAUCAAUAGAGAUGACACCAAGGAAGAUGUUUUUGUACACCAAACAGCCAUCAUUAAAAACAACCCAAGGAAGUACCUGAGGAGUGUGGGUGAUGGUGAAACAGUAGAAUUCGAUGUAGUAGAAGGAGAGAAAGGUAAUGAAGCUGCAAAUGUCACUGGACCUAAUGGCACCCCGGUCCAGGGCAGCAAAUAUGCUGCUGACCGCCGCCGUUACCGUCGUCAGUGGUACCCCCAGAGACGAAACCAAGAUGGUGAGGGUGAAGGUGGUGAAGUAAGGGAUGGUGGCGGUAACCGUCGUCCAAGGAGACCAUACUAUCGUAACUACUACCCCCGUGGUGGAUUCAGAGGUGGCUACAGAGGACCACCCGGCCAGAUGAUGCAGGGAGGGCCAAUGGGACCACCUAACGCCAGGAGACCGUUCUAUCGCCGUUUCUACCGUGGAGGACCUAUGAGCGGUGGGUUCGGGUAUGCACCAAGGGGUUACUAUGGUCCACCAGGCGGUGGCAUGUACAGGGGAAGAGGUCGUGGAAGGGGAGGGCGAGGACGUGGCCGUGGAAGGGGAGGAUAUAGACGCAGGGACGAAAAUGGAGACAACAGGAACGAGAACUCCGAUGUCCAUGACUCUGGUGCCGAGGACAAGGGUGAAUAAGCCAGAUACCAACAACAUGUACAAUGCCUGGUACCAUCUGGAUAUUUUAACAGCUGGGCACCAACCUUAAAAAAAAAGACUUAAAUUGUACAUGGAAUUCUAUAUAUAUAUAUAUAUAUAUUUGUGUCAAACAUCAAAAAUACGAGCCAAUCUUUUGAUGGAAUCAAUUUAAAUUUUGAGGUAAACAAUAAUGUCAUAAUGAAAUGAGAUUUUAGAUAGAGAGAAGCUUGUAUUUUGAAUAUUAUGUGGAUUUUUGAACUAAAUGUUUAUUCAUAUUAGCGGUGGUACGUAAAUAUUAGAAAUUGCACACAUGUCAAUUAUUUUGUAAACAUCGGAUAAUAAUUAUUGAAGAUAUUAGCCCCAAAAUGUUUCCUUGGAGACUAUGUAUUGGUUAAAAACCUCAGCACAUGGAAACAUUUUGGUGUACUAUGCAGUAGAUAUUUGUAAGUUUUCUUGGAUGAAAGCAUAAUAAAUUUAACUUACAACGUUAACAAAGAGAAACAGAACAUGAAUGUCUAUUGCAUAGAAUAAAAAAAUUAAAUGUUGUUUGGUUACCUGUCAUUGCAAAGGGGCGGGUACCUGCAACAGGAUAGGUUGUAUUGAGAAAAUGUUGAAGUUCAUAGUUUGCUUUGUACAACAGUAUAGUGCUAUGUAAAUGUAUCGUAAAAAUUCUUAACCAUACUCUCUUUUUUUUUCUCAAUACAACUUGAACAAUUUGAAAAAUGAGUACACUUUUUGUCACGUUUCAAAAGACCGAAUCGUUCUUGUACGGGUCACCAAUGUUACAAGACAUAGACAAAAUUAUAGCCACAAUAAUAUGAAAAAAACUAUCUUCGUGUACCAUUUUUCAAAUUAACCGGAUUUCUCUUGCGGAAACCAGACAUUUGGAAUAUAAUUCCGGUGUUGAAAUGGUAUCAGUAUUUUCCGUAAGAGGAAUUUGGGCAACUUUGUGUCAACUUUGUUUACAAAACACCUUGGGAAACUGCUCCACCUGUGAAAACAUGGAACAAAAGAUAAAUGCCCCAAACUUUUGGAAAAGAAUGUCAGAAUUUCCAAAACUUUUCAAACUUACAUAGGGUGCAAAAUUAAUGAGCAGGAUUUUCCCAAUAAAGGCGGGCCGCUUUACAAAAUGUAUUUUUUUUUAACCUUUUUGUGUGAGGAAGAAGAACUUAGCACCACAUCUAUUUCAAAUUGAAUUAUAAUGAUUAUAUAUGUAUCAAAUAAAACCAUUUUGCGGCUAUAAAUAAAUGGCUAUUAUUUCAGCCAAUGAGAUUAUCAAAAAUAAAUUUUUGAAUACCAAAAAAAAAAAUGGAAAAAAGUAGAUUUGGUGUUAAAACAUGCUUGUAUCCAUCUUUCUAGUAGUCAAUGAACAAAAGCAUCAAACCUGUUCUGGUCUGUACAGUUCCAUUGUGUACUUGCAUUGCUUAACUUGAUUCAAAAUUGUAAAAAUGUACAGUCUUGUUUGUACAAUUUUUGUUUGAAUUGUAAAAAAAAUGUUUAGCAUUGUAAGUACAUAAUUUUUCUUGUACAGGCAAUUGCAUAUUUUCAAAUGUUAUGGGUGAAUGUUAUGAACAAAUAGCCCAAAGUACAAAGAAAUUUUAAGAUGCAAGAAACUGUAUAACAACGGGACAGUGUUUGGACAAUAAAAAAAGCAUGAAUGCA